CUCCCCUUUCGUUCUACGAGGGACUUCCCGUGGUCAUUUCUCUUUUCCUCUUUUGUUCUUCUAUUAUAUCUGUAGUUCAUACCCCUAAUUCGCCUUCCGUGCAUCCAACGCUGCAGCCGCCUUAUUUCACGGCCUCGCCCUUGCCUCCUACUACGUAUAUGUCCUCUUAUAACUUCCAUCAGUACGGAUAUCAGACAUAUGGAGCGGGAAACAGCAACGGCGUUCCUGUCCAUCCCUACUACAUGCCACCUCAACCUCAGGCUGCAGCACCCGGGCCGGUAGCACCCCAGCCCCUCGCAUUGUGCCGAUGGGGCCACUGCGGCGUCCCCCUCGACGACGUCACCGGCCCCGGGAUCAAACGACACCUCCAGCAGUACCACGCCGCUGACAUGCCGCCCAAGAGCAGCUCUGGGCAGUCGCAAGGCAGCUCGGAGUGUCGGUGGGACGACGGCGCGGGCACCUGCCAGACGGAGUGCCGGAGCGCGGUCGCGCACGGGAGGCACAUCUCGACGGUGCACCUCGGUCAGGGCAGGAAGGUCUGCACGUUCUGCAGCAAGAACUUUAGUAGGAAGGACGCGUUGAAGCGGCACCAGGAACAGUACUGCCCUGUCUUGCAGGGGUACUAUGCUUGAGGUCGCCAGCCGGCUCACGCAUGUCCCUUUAGCACAGGAUGCUAGCGCAAGGUCGUCCAGGCGACGACACCUGCUCACGGAAGCCUUCGAGCAUGCCCGUGGACCACGCACGGUCGUGGUUCGGCAUACUCCUUCAAUAUUUCAAUGUUCAAGUUACCCCUGUCUUACAUCGCCUUUAAUGACCAUUACUACCUUACUUUACUCAUCGUACACCACAUCCAUCGGACCACACUCAUUCUAGAUCUGCACUAAUCGGUACUAUACCUUAUGACAUCUAUGUAGCCUUCUAGUGUUUCAUCUGUAGGAUACGUUCAGCAUGCAUGCCCGAGAAUCACAAUAUCACCACAGCCCCUCAGGGCUUCAGGCCUCA